AUGGCCGUCUCUUUGGUGCCUGAGUAUCUCCGGAAGCCGGAGCUGGUUUUUGAGGUCGUGUCUAGGGGGCAGCAGGCUCGGGAGGACGUUAAAGGGGUUGAGAGCUCAGCUCAGGGCCUUGGGUCACUGCCUUUAACUGGGUCGGCCAAGGCUCGUUUGGGCUCCCAGAUUAUUCAAUGGUGCGCCAGGGUGCAACUGCUUAAUAAGGCUCCUGGACUCACCGUUGAUAUUGGUGCUGGCCUUACCGUUAACCCGGAAAAGGUGAGUUUCGCCCAAAGUGAGAUUUCUUUUCUGGGUCACCUUAUUUCCACCCGGGGCGUCUGCAUAGAUCCAGCUCGGACCCAGGCGAUCAGGGAUUUUCCUCCUCCCAAAGGUGCAAAGGGAGUUGCACGUUUCGUGGGAAUGAUAAAUUUUUACAGGCGUUUCAUACCCAAUAUUGCAGAGUUGGCCGCUCCUCUUAAUCUGCUUCGCAAGAAGGGUGCUAAGUUUGAAUGGGGUGAAACACAGCAGACGUCCUUUCAAUUGUUGAAAGAAGCUGUUAUGCAGCCUCCUGUGUUGGCUAUGCCGGAUUUUGGUCGAAAAUUCGUCUUACAAACUGAUGCGUCCUCCUUGGCUAUUGCGGCGGUGUUGUCUCAGGAGGUGGAUGGCGUCAGGCAGCCAAUUGCUUAUGCUUCACGCACAUUGACACCCUGUGAAAAAAAGAGUUCAUCUGUUAAUGAGCUGGAGUGUUUGGCUGUUGUGAUGUACCAUACUCCCGGCGACCAACUUCAGGAUUUGGAGCCGGUAUGUGGGGCUGUGCUGCUUGACUGUCCUCUGGCCUUUUCGGAUAUCCUCCCUCAUCAACUAAAUGAUCCCGAGCUGGCCAAUAUUAUCUGUGAGCUUCAAGGGGGAGGUGCCCAUCCCCCGUACUUUCUGUCCCAAGAUGCUUUCUCCAAGUUCGUCUGGUUGUUUCCGUUACGAAGCGCCACAGCUCAGCUCACGACUAAGGUGCUCCGUACCAAUCUUUUCCAACAUUUCGGAAUUCCCGCCACUAUAGUAUCCGAUAAUGGAACUCAGUUUUUGUCCAAUGAAUUCAAGAGAAUGUGCUUUGGGCACGGUAUCCGCCAUGUGACGACUUCGCCUUACUACCCCACAGCCCUCCCACGCAGAGCGUUUAACCGUAAUCUGCGAUCAGCCCUCAUCGCUUUCCAUGCUAAAAAUCACGAGACGUGGGACCAAGAACUCCCUUGGAUUAAAUUUGCUUUUAACACAGCUGUUCAUGAAAGUCACAAGACGGUGCCCUUCGAGUUGUUGUUUGGGUUUCCACCCAACAACCCUUUGGCUAAUAUUUGGAGGAUUGGGGACCUUCUGCCACCGCCUGGUACUCCUGAUGUUGCUAGCACUUGGGCAGCUGCCCGGCGAAAUCUUUUCAGGGCUAGGGAAUUGCUGAGGAGGAAGUAUAACAAGGGGCGUGUGGCUAACCCUUUCCGAGAGGGAGAACUUGUAUAUUGUAGAGCUCAUCCGACCAGUUCGGCCGUGGACAAAAGGGCUGCAAAGUUGUCUUAUCGGUGGACAGGCCCCCACCGUAUCUUUAGGUUUCUGACUCCGGUGACGGCUCUGUUGGAAGAUCCCCAAAUCGGCAAG